GUUGUGAUUUGCUGUGAUUGUGGGGACCUGCUGUGAUUGUUGUGAUUUGUUGUGAUUUGCUGUGAUUGUGGUUGACAGUUGACAACGUUUGCGCUUGGAGGGGGCUGGAUCUCCACGAGGGCCAAUUUGCAUUUUUCUGCGCAUCACAAUAAUAUCAAACGCAGCGGAGCUCGCGCCGCCGGUUACUGUGAAUCCGCUGGAGGCGCUGAAGACAUGCCGCUCCGAGUCUGCUAACACACACACACACACACACACACCGAAGCUCGCAGAGCGCGCGCGUCAGUUCACCCACAGUGUUCCAGGCUGCGCGCGGGCCGCUGCGUGCGUGUAGAGCAUGCGGGAGCGUGAAGCACAGCGCGCGCGUUUAAGGAGGUCGUUUGCGUGUCCUGCACCGCACUGACCCGCAGCAGCAGCAGCGCGAGGAGGGCGGGGAGAGCGCGGGAGGAGCGCGUGCUGUCCAAACUAAACUACCCCAAAAACCCGCAGCCGCGGCGGCGGAUCUACCGGAUACAGAGCGGGAGCAGCGGGAUGGACAACGCGGCGCGAGGGAAAGUGACGCUGUGUAAACGCAGCGCGUCUCACUGGCGGAUGCAGAACAUUGAGCAGGAGUCGGUGGAGAGCUCUGAUGAGGAGUUCUUCGACGCUCGAGAGGUGCUGGAGGGUAAGACAGCUAUGCUGUUGGGGAUGAGUCAGUGGAACUCCAAUGAUCUGGUGGAACAGAUUGAAACGUUGGGUCAGAUUGAUCAGACUCAAGAGAGCUUGUACCGGAUUGGUCGGAGCAGAUGUGUCCCUCAGUCCAGUCUGGAUUGUGCAGAAGAUCCUGAGGUGAAGUGUCAGACUCAGGUUCUGGUGCUGGUGGUGCACGGGGGGAAUAUUCUGGACCCUGCAGGAGGAGACCCCGGGGCGAAGGCGGUGGACGUGAACACUCUGUCCUCAGUAAUGGAGAAAGUGUCUCAGGCUCAUUUCCAGGCUGCUUCCCAGCAUGUGCUGAUUAAACUGGUGCCCUGUCCGGCCGUGUGCGCUGAAGCUUUCUCACUCGUCUCCAAUCUGAACCCCUAUAGUUAUGAUGAGAGCUGUGUCAGCAGCAGUGUGGAUCAUCUUCCUCUGGCAGCUCUUCCUCUUCUUGCCAUUGUUGCACCACAUUAUCAAGACGCCGUAUCGACGGUCAUCACCAGAGCCAAUAAGAUUUACCACGACUUGCAGUCACCUGAAGGACAAGGCUUUACUGGUCAGGUGUGUCUGUUGGGUGACUGUGUCGGGGGAGUGCUGUGUUUUGAUGCUCUGUGUUUCAGUAACAGUCCGCAGCACAGCAGCCCGAGUCACAGAAGCCGAUGCAGCAGCACAGAGAGCUUAAAGGAAAACCGGGGGCUUCUGGGAGAGACCGGCUCCGGCCUGAGCUCCAGCAAACGCCUCAGCAAGAGCAACAUCGAUAUCUCAGCCCCCAGUGAAACCCGGACGAGACGGAGUCCGCUCAGCCGCAAACAGAGCGACUCAUGUGAUGCUGAUUCAUCCAACAGCCAGCAUCACCCGUUCAUCAGCAGUCUGGUACAGGAUGAGACUCCAGUGUUGAGUUUGGGUCGGUUUGAUUUUGAAGUGUCUGAAUGUUUUCUGCUCGGUUCUCCUCUCGGACUCGUAUUAGCCAUGAGACGCACUGUACUCCCCUCAGUACACGUGACUCAGCUCCGCCCCGGCUGCUCUCAGAUCUUCAACCUGUUCUUCCCGUCCGACCCGUCCGCCUCCAGACUGGAGCCCCUCCUGCACCCCAGCUUCCACCGGCUGCCCCCGUUCCCCGUCCCGCGCUACCAGAGGUACCCGCUGGGCGACGGACGCUCCGCUCUUAUUGUCGAUGAUAUUCACACUCACCCUGAGAUGUUUCUGAACGGAGGUCCGGCUGCAGCGUCCGGAUCCCCGCGAGCGGAGGAGGUGGAGCGGGGGGUGAAGCAGGGGGGCGGCCGCAGGGCCAGUCUGACCAGUACAGACAGCCAGUCCUCCGGCUGCUGGGAGAGCAGGAUCAGCAGCACCGUCUCUAACAUCUCCAGUAGCUGGUGGGGUUCUAAGCGUCUGGAUUACUCUCUGUAUUGUCCUGAUGUUCUCACUGCGUUUCCCACUGUGGCUCUGCCUCACCUGUUUCACGCUUCUUACUGGGAGUCUACUGACGUCGUGGCCUUCCUGCUGAGACAGGUGAUGCACUGUGAUUGUGUGAAGACUCAGGAGGCCGAGAGCUCCGACGCCACGUCCUUCUGCCCCUCCAGCCCCAGAGAGAAGUGGCUGCGGAGACGAACGCACGUCAAACUAAGAGUAAGAAUUUAUACUGUUGUAACAGCUAUUAUUACCCUGUUAUAACAGCUAUUAUUACACUGUUGUAACAGCUAUUAUUACAC